AUGGAUGGCCGCGACUUCGCGCCGCCGCCGCAUCUGCUGUCGGAGCGCGGGAGCCUGGGCCACCGCAGCGCCGCAGCCGCCGCUCGCCUCGCCCCAGCCGGGCCCGCCGCGCAGCCUGCGGCGCACUUCCAGCCGGGGAAGUACUUUCCGUCGCCGCUGCCCAUGGCUUCGCACACAGCCAGCAGCCGCCUGAUGGGGAGCUCGCCGGCCUCCUCUUUCAUGGGUAGCUUCCUCACCGGCAGCCUGGGCUCAGCGGCCUCCGCGCACGCCAGCGGCCCCACACCCUCCCCCUCGGAGCAGGCCUACCGCGGCUCCCACCCCGCCACCUCCCAGAUCUGGUUCUCCCACUCCCACGAAGCUCCAGGGUACCCCAGAUUUUCGGGGAGUCUGGCAUCCACCUUCCUACCCAUGAGCCACUUGGAUCACCAUGGAAACAGCAACGUUCUCUAUGGACAACACCGUUUCUAUGGAACCCAAAAAGAUAACUUCUACCUGCGCAACCUGCCCCCCCAGCCCACCCUGCUGCCCACCAACCACAACUUCCCCAGCGUGGCCCGGGCCACCCCCACCCACCCCAUCGGCUCCUGCAGCCGUGACCGAGGAGAGGCCGCCGCCCUGCAGAAGGGUGCCAAGGAGUUCGACCGCUUUCUCCUGGGCAAAGAGCUGGGCAAGGAGAAGGCCAGCAAGGCGGUGGAGGGCAGGGAGCGGCCGGCCGCGGAGGAGGACGGCAGCAAAGAGCGGCACAAGCUGGUGCUGCCCCUGCCGGCCGAGGGCCCCUGCAAGGAGAGCGUGGUGCCCAGAGGCCCCUGCGAGGGCCGCCCCAAGCACCUGGCCUCCUGCCUUCUCAACACCAAGGUGCUCAACGGCGAGAUGGGCAAGGCCGCGCUGGCCAGCUGCGCGGGGGGCGUGCUGGUGCGGCCCGGGAUGGCGGCCUCAGGGCGCUGUGCCAAGGAGGCGGCAGGGCCCGUGGAGCCCGGGCAGGCCUUCGGCGAGGGCCUGGAGCGGCGGCAAGUGCUGCACCAGGCCGGGUCCUACACGGUGCCCUCCGGCCUGCCCGCCGGGCCGCCCCCGCCCCUCAGCACGGCCACCGGCUCCUUCCCCUGCCUGCAGCUGCACGCUGGCCCCGACGGGCUCUGCCCACUGCAGGACAAAGUCCCCCGGGACCUGAAGGCCAGCGGGCCCACCUUCGUGCCUUCCGUGGGACACCUGGCCGACAAGAGCCGCCCCUUCCAGGCCGCUGAGGCCUGUGCCGUGGCGAGUGAGGGCAAAGACCGACUCCUGGAUGGGGGCUUGGCGCCUGACCAUGCCGCGCCCUACGGAGUCUCCUACGCCCACCUGAAGGCUGAGAGCAAGGGCGAGCGGCGGCCUGGGGGCUUCGAGGCACCCCUCAACCCCCGGCUCAAGGGCCUGGAGUAUCUCCGCAGCACAGGCCCCGAGGCCCCCUUCCCCGGGCUCCCCACAGGGGGACUGGACAAAAGCAACUACUUCGAGCUGCCCGCCGCCUCCCAGGACUGUGUCCGGCCUGGUCACCAGGACCCUCUGGGCGGGAAGGUCACCCAGGCCUGCUGCACUUUAGACAAGUCGGUCAGCAAGGAGGCCCCCGCGGUGCCCCCCGGAGCCCAGAGGGUGGCCCGGAUCCGGCAUCAGCAGCACCCGGUUGCCUCCGAGAUGGAGCCGGGGGCCAGCGGGGCAGAGGCCAAGCGCAAGUCGCUGGAGCUGGCGUCUCUGGGCUACGGCGGGCCCCAGCUGCCCCCGUGGAGUGUCCAGCCGGGCCAGGGCGCUGCCAUGGCCAUCGGCGAGGAGCACAAGGGCAGCGCCUACCUGGACCCCUUUGGCGGCAGCCUUCAGCCGGCGGCCCUCCUGCCCCAGGACCUGCCGGCCCCGCCGGAUGAGGUCUCGGCCAUGAAGAGCCUGCUCAAGUACAGCAACCAGGCACUGGUCGUCGGCCAGAAGGCGCCCUUCGUGGGCCUCGGCGGCCUCAAGGCCAGCUGCGCCCAGCAGGACGUGAAGUUCCCCGCCACCAAGGGCCCGGGCCAGACCCCCGGCGAGGUGGAGAGGCCGGACUGUGCCCGAAGCCGGGAGCACGAGGCUCCGCACGGCGAUGGAGAGGUGCGGCAGCCACCCGUGGGCAUCGCCGUGGCCUUGGCCCGGCAGAAGGACACAGUGAGCCGGCCAGAGACUACCUACGGUGCCAACACCGGGCGGCAGGGCCGGGCUGCUCCCGCCUUCAAAGCUGGUGGUGGGCCCCGCUCCGCCCAUGCGCUGGACCUGGAGGCCGAAGAGGAGAGGCCGCGGCUGUGUGAGGACCGCCUGGGGCUGGCCAGCCGGGAGCUGCUGCUGCCGGACAACAAGGACCUCGUGGAGUUCACCCGGAUCCACCCGUCCAGCGGCUGCCCCAGAGACUUGGCCCCUCACCUCAUGAUCGCUGGCGGCUCCUCCCUGCAGAGCGGCCAGCUGGGCGGGGACCCGGCCCCCCACCCCCACCCCGCCCACCCCCCCUGGCUGCCCCGCACCCGCAGCCCCUCCUUAUGGAUGGGGGGACAUUCCUACGGCCUUGGGCACCCCGCCCUGCACCAGAACCUGCCCCCUGGCUUCCCUGCCUCUGUGCCCGGCUCCAUGCCCUCGGUCUUCCCCCUGUCCCAGGAUGCCCCCGCACAGCUAGUCAUCCUGCCCUCGGAACCCACACCCCACACUGCCCCCCACGCGCUUGCGGACGUCAUGGAGCAGGCUUCGCUGUGGCCGCCCAUGUACGGGGGCCGGGGCCCCACCUCUCACAUGCAGCACCCGGGCCAGCUCCCCAUGUACUCGCGGUCCCAGUUCCUGCGGCAGCAGGAACUCUACGCCCUGCAGCACCAGCCUCAGCACCAGCCGCAGCCGCAGCCGCCGCCGCAGCCCCGGGCCACCCAGUUCCAGCGGAAGCCGGAGGACCGUCACCUGGAGCUGGAGGAGCCCGCCCAGGAGAAGGCCCUGAAGUCCACCCACAAGCCAGUUGCCUUAACCCCUACGGCCAAGGGCACCCCCUCACCUGCCAACACAGGCCCCACCAAGCUGUCGACCUGCUGCCACUCCCCCACCCCAAAGCCCCCCGCCAGCUGCCCCACGCCGCCGCCCCAUCCCGGCGCCCCCUGCACUUUAUCCAUCCGCCCCACCGGCAGCCCCAGGCCUGGCUCCCAGCUGCCCAGCACCGAGGACAGGAGUGGGGAGGGCCGGCGGGCCGGAGUCAACCUCAGCACGUUGGAAUCAGACCUGCCCCCUGGACACAUGUGCCCCGUGGCCAGCUUGGGCUUCUCCCUGCCUCCCGACGUGCACUCCUCUGACCUCUCGGACCCCAAAACUAUGCAAUGCCCUGCCCCCCGGGCCCAGCCAGAGCCUGUGAGGACACCUGCCUCCAGGGAGCCGUCCUGCCGGAGCCCCCAGAGCCUGGAGGAGCCUGGGCUGCCCUCGGGGGCCAGGGAGGCCUCCCAGGACCUUGCUGCCCUCCUCCACCCUGCCGAGCGGGGCCCACCAGGAAAGGCAGUGGACCCCAGCCCGCUGGAGGGGCUGCAGGAACUGCGAUGCAGGGUCCUCCUCCAGGGAGGGGUCCCCGAAGCCACUGACGGGGCUGGUUCUACUCAGGGAGGGGCCCGGGGGGAGAGGACCACAGGGGAGGGGAGAGAGGAGAGGGAGCCAGGGCCCUCCUCCGGGGCCAGUCCCCAGGCCCUGAAGCAACAGGCAGGGAGCCCCCAAGCCCUGGACCAGGGCGAGCGGGGUGCAUGGCAGGACCCUGGGGAGGCAGGGCCGGAGGAGGGGGCCGCAUUUGAGGAGGACAAACUGGAGGAAGAAGAGGAAGAGGAGGACUGUGGGUCAACCCCCGACAACAGCCACCUGCCCAGGGUGCCGCUGGGCCUGGAUGCCCUGGUGGCAGCCACCAUCGACCUAGGGGACUUGCCUGCCCUUGGCCUGCCGGGCCCUCAGCCCCCUGCCGUCCCCGUGCCGCCCGGCACAGCCCCCUCGCCCCCUUGCUCAGGGAUCCAUGGCAUCGCCCUGCUCAGCGAGCUGGCCGACCUGGACGUCCGGCCUCAGAGGAGCGAGCCCGCCCUGCCAGAAGAGGAGGACGUGCUGACCUUCAACCUGCAGCGCCUGGCCACGCUGGCCUCAGCCUGGUCCCUGGUGGAGGCCGCUGGCCUGGACAGCCCUGCCUCCGCCCCACCCCCUGCUGCUGACCCCUGCAGGGCUCCCAUGCCCACCCCUCGGAUGCAGAUCCUCCAGCGCAAGGACACCUGGACCCCUAAGACCAAGCCUGUGUGCCCACUGAAGGCUGCUAUCGACCGGCUGGACACGCAGGAGGUGGGGCUGCGGGUGCAGCUGGCGGAGCUGCAGAGGCGGUACAAGGAGAAGCAGCGGGAGCUGGCCCGCCUGCAGCGCAGGCAUGACCACGAGAGAGAGGACAGCUCGCGGAGCCCAGCGAGGCGGGGGCCUGGCCGGCCGAGGAAGCGCAAAUACUCCAGCUUGCUGCCCGUCCUGCGGCCUGGGGGCCAGCUUCCCAGGGCCGACGUUAAGAAAGUCAAGGCAGUGCCGUCCAGCCUGAGCCUGCUGUGUGCCGAGCUGCAGGGCGGCGAGGAGCCCACGAAGAAGCAGAGCCGACUGGAAAAGGGCGUCUACGUGGGCCUGCAGCCCGGCUCUGCGGUGACUGCCGCCUGCCGUUCUCAGGAGCAGAGCCGCGGUCAGGGAGAGCUGGUGUCCGCGGCGGCCCACAGAGUCACCCCGCUGAAGCCAAAGGUGAAGAGCAAGGGGCUGCCCGCUGGCCUCGGCCCGUUCCCGGGGGGGCGUGUGCGGAAGAAGCUUUCCCGAGCCAAGAGCACGAAGGUGUCAGGGGCGGCCAGACACCCGCAGCCGGAUGCCCGUGACGGCGAGCGGGAGAUGCCCAAGUUCCCGGCCCAGCCGGCAGGGGCCGCAGCACACGAGGCAGGCAACGGCUAUGACAGCGAGAACUGUGAAGGUCUCUUGGGGGCAGAAGCACCUCCCAAGGAGCCCAGGCUGGCGCUGCACGCGGGGGCCAGCGGGGCCGCGCUGGGGCCCUCGCCCUCCUCCGUGGUCAAGAUGGAGGCCAACCAGAAGGCCAAGAAGAAGAAGGAGCGGCAGGGCUUGCUAGGGGCCUGCCGCCUGUCCAGCCCGGAGAGCGAGGUCAAGAUCAAGAGGCGGACGGUGAAGGCCAAGGUAGGCACCGCGCUGGAGCGGGCCCCAGGGCGCAGGCCCCCGGGAGCGCCCGGCAAGAAGAGAGCCAAGGGCAAGGCCAAAGGCGGCCUGCGAGCCCAGCCCGGGGCCGCGCCCACCAGGGACGCCCUCUUCAGCCCUGCCCGGGCCUUCGCCUGCCGGGAGGAGGGCAGCCAGCUGGCCAGCGAGCGUCUCAAGAGGGCCACACGCAAGAGCACGAUGCUCCAGCCGGGACUGCGGCGCAAGAACGGGGCCCUGUCCAUCGCCCUGUCGCCCCGAAAUGCCAAGGCCAUCCUGGGGAAGGGCAGGAAGGCAGGCAGGAUGACGAGCAAAGCGGUCGGCAAGCAGGGCAAGGGCCGGGCGGUGAGCCGGCUGCUGGAGAGUUUUGCUGUGGAGGGCGACUUCGAGUUUGACGACAGCAGCAGCUUCUCAGAGGACGAGGACGAGGACGAGGAGGACGAGGCGGCCAGCGGUCCCCUGAGCGCGGAGCAGAGCGCCGCCCUGGCGCGCUCAUGCACCAUCCACAAGGAGGACCUGCAGGACGGGCUGCCCGUGCUCAUCCCCAAGGAGGACAGUCUGCUGUACGCGGGCAGCGUCAGGACCCUGCAGCCCCCGGACAUCUACAGCAUCGUCGUCGAGGGCGAGAGGGGAAACCGGCAGAGAAUCUACUCCUUGGAGCAGCUGCUGCAGGAGGCGGUUCUCGAUGUCCGGCCGCAGUCUAGCCGGUACCUCCCGCCGGGCACAAGGGUUUGCGCCUACUGGAGCCAGAAGUCCCGCUGUCUGUACCCAGGCAGUGUGGUCCGAGGCAACUCCAGCGACGAGGAGGAGGACCUGGACUCCGUGGUGGUGGAGUUUGAUGACGGGGACACCGGUCACAUCGCCGUCUCCAACAUCAGGCUGCUGCCUCCGGACUUCAAGAUCCAGUGCACAGAGCCCUCGCCGGCCCUGCUGGUGUCCAGUGGCUGCCGGAGGAACAAGAAAGCUUCCUGCGAGGCCCCCCCGCCCAGCGAGCCCCCCGCUCCCAGCCUGUCCCCCAAGGUGCACGACAGCCCCGAAGCCUCAAAGACCCCUGGGAAGAAAUCCAUCAGCAAAGACAAAGCUGGCAAAGCGGAGCUCCUAACCUCAGGUGCCAAGCCCCCCGCGGGGGCCUCGGACCACUUCCUGGGCCGCCGGGGCAGCCCGCUGCUGAGCUGGUCGGCGGUGGCGCAGACCAAGCGGAAGGUGGCGGCGGCGACGGCGGGAGGCAAGGGGCCGGGCCUGCUGCAGAACCUCUUCCAGAUCAACGGCAGCGCCAAGAAGCUGCGGGCCCGCGAGGCGCUGUUCCCGGUGCACAGCGUGGCCGCGCCCGUGUUCGGCAACGGCUUCCGGGCCGACUCCUUCAGCAGCCUGGCCAGCUCCUAUGCGCCCUUCGUCGGUGGGGCCGGGCCCGGCCUGCCCGGGGGCGCCCACAAGCUGCUGCGGGCCAAGAAGGCCGAGCGGGCCGAGGCGGAGAAGGGCGGCCGGCGGCGGGCCGGCGGCGAGUUCCUCGUCAAGCUGGACCACGAGGGCGUGACCUCCCCCAAGAACAAGAACUGCAAAGCGUUGCUCAUGGGUGACAAGGACCUGGGCCCCAAGCUGGGGCGCCCGCUGCCCAGCCCCAGCUACGCACACCCAGCCCUCGUGGGCAAGGACAGGAAGGGACGGGCGCCCAUCCACCCGCUGCCCAUGGGGCUGGCGCUGCGAAAGUUUGCGGGCCAGGUCGAGUACCCACCGCCCUGUGGCAGCGACUGCCACAGCUCCUACUCGGACGAGGACGAGGACGGGCCGGGGCUGGCCCCCGGCGCGCCCUCCCGCUUCCUCGCCCGCCUGUCCGUGUCCUCCUCCUCCUCCGGCUCGUCCUCCUCCUCCUCCUCGGGCUCCCUGUCCACCUCCAGCCUCUGCUCCUCCGAGGACGAGGGCUCCUCCUACAGCUCGGACGACGAGGCCCAGGCCCUGCUGCUGCAGAGCUGCCUGCCCCCCCCUGUGCCCGCCCUCCUGGCCCAGCCCGAGGCCCUGCGCUCCAAGGGGGGCGGCCCCCACGCGCACGCCCAGCGCUGCUUCCUGUCCAGGGCCCCCGCGGCGGGUGGGGGCGCAGGUGCGGGCCCCAGCGGCGGCAAAGCCAAGCUCAAGCGCAAGGAGGCCCUGAGCUUCUCCAAAGCCAAAGAGGGAGCGCGGAGGCAGCGGCUGCCGUCCGUGGAAAACCGGCCAAAGAUCUCAGCCUUUCUGCCCGCGCGGCAGCUCUGGAGGUGGUCAGGGAGCCCCACGCAGAGGCGCGGCGUGAAGGGCAGAGCCCGGAAACUGUUCUACAAGGCCAUCGUGCGGGGCAAGGAGACACUGCGCGUCGGGGACUGCGCCGUGUUCCUAUCGGCCGGCCGGCCCAACCUGCCCUACAUCGGCCGCAUCGAGAGCCUGUGGGAGUCCUGGGGCAGCAACAUGGUGGUGAAGGUCAAGUGGUUCUACCACCCCGAGGAGACCAAGCUGGGCGAGCGGCACAGCGAUGGGAAGAACGCCCUGUACCAGUCCUGCCAUGAGGACGAGAACGACGUGCAGACCAUCUCCCACAAGUGCCAGGUCGUGGGGCGCGCCCAGUACGAGCAGAUGACGCGCGGCCGCAAGCGCCAGGACCGGAGGGACCUCUACUACCUGGCGGGCACCUACGACCCCGCCACGGGGCGCCUGGUGACGGCCGACGGCGUGCCCAUCCUGUGCUGAGCCCGUGCCCGCCCGGUGUGCCCGCGGCGCCCGUGCUGCAGCUGCGGGGGCUGGGGGACUCGGACCACGCCGCCAGCCCCACCCCGCCGAGCGGGAGGUGGGGCCAGUGAACAAAUAUGCAAACCCACCGAGGCAGGAUCCAGGCUUUUUUAUUAUUUUCCCUGGAAAGAGAGAGCCCCUGGGCCUCGGAACCCAGUCGCCCGCCACCGCGGGUCGCUGUGCCCGCCGGGACCCCGCCCGGGCUCUGCUCUCCCAUCGGCGGUUCUCGAGAGAUUAGAAUCCAAGCCAUAUUUUCCCUAGUACCUCCGACUGUCCCCCACCAGGGAAAGCAGAAAUCAGGUGUGUUGUCUAUUUAUUUCGCUAUGUAAAUAUUGUAUUUCUGCGGGGAAGUUUUAUGAAAAAAAAAAGUGGGAAAGGAUUUCUUUUCCCCACGUGCGUGACGAGGGUGUGUGCACGUGUGUGUGCGUGUGUGUGUGUUGUGUGCAGGUAUUUUGUUCUGGGGAGUUUUCUUUGAAAAAUGCACUGUUUUCCUCAGCCUAGCUGAGUCCGGCGGGGGCGUCUGUGACGACAGGGAGGGGCGGGGCCCCAGGACGGGUCACACAGGACCCCGGGUCACACCUGCUGGUCUCUGGGGGGGCUGUGUCAGAUGGAAGCCACACCCAGUCAUUUCAUUUUGAUCCACCUCCGGGGAAGAAAGGACUUGGGGAGGACUCACCGAUGAGGGUCCCACAGGGAGAAGGGACCCCAGAAGCUGAAGUAAACCCACAGCCCUCCCCCCAGAGGAUGGCGGCAGACGUGUAUCUUACCUCUGUUUCAACGAAACAAAAAUGAACAAAUAUUUUAAAGUGUUGAUAUGAAAAGUGAUGUUUCGAUUUCCUUUCCUGAAUAUUCCCACUUCUCUCUGAUUUCCGUUUAUCCGGCCUCUGCUGACAACAGGGAAGAGACCAGCCCCCCGACACACGGAGGGUUUCUGGCCUUUUCUGAAGCCCCUGGGCAGGGCCGACGGCCCGGCAGGUGGCGUUGGGGCGAGAACAGGGUCCCUCCGGCUCGCACCCCAGCGUGAACGCAGGGACCACAGUCCUGGGGGGGUGUCCCAGACCCUCAGCAACACUCUGGUAACCCCCUGAAACUUGUCACCUCUUCGCCUGAGGCCAAGAGGGACAGACAGGGUGAGCCAGACCUGUGGCCCAGUGGCCUUGAUGUUGGCCUGUCCCACCGCUCAGGCUCCCGGAAAGCCCCCCAUGCUGUUGCUCCUAGGGUGAGCUCUCCCCGACACAGCCCAGGUUCCCAGGAAACAAGGGGUAUUGGCGGGUACCUGGCACCCCAACCCCGGCCCCUCUCGCCCCUCUCUCUUCUGACCAGGAAACCAUCUGGCUGCCUGGAAGGUCCCCCUCCCAUUUCCGGCGGCUCUGUGGGAAACGCAGGUGCCAGGAGGGGGUCCCCUGCACCCCAGCUUACCUCCUCUACCCUGCCUCCCCCUUCGUCUGCCCACGAGUGCAAUAUUUCAUUCCUGGUGGUCGCCUGGCAGCCGGCAGCCGUGGUCCUGCCUGCUGCCGGGACGUGGGAGGAGGCUGAUGGAGGCCAGGCCAGGGGUCGGCGCAGCCGGGGGACAGCCCCGCACAGAAGUUAGAGCCCGUGGCUGUUUGCAGCCCGAGCAGAGCAGCGGUCUCAGCGCAGGGCCGGGCGCCGCCGCCCUGGGCCCUCCCCUGUGCGGGCUCCUCCCCGGUGCGGGGUCCCCCCCUCGCGUUCUCUCCCCGCCCCGUGUGCGUGUGACCCCACACCCGGCAGAAGCGCCGCUGUUGUAAAUGUGUAAACUAAGAGAGGGGGUGGGGUUUUUCAAUGUAAACACUAAAAAAACAAAAACACAAAGGUUUUAUGAACAGCA